UGAGCUAAACCAAAUAUAAAUAAAGCAAUAAAAAUUCCGAUAAACCCAGUUACGACGUCAAAUUGCACAUCGAUCAGUCGACAUCUGAGAUAUAGUAUCAUUUGAAAUGGGUUCCAAUUUCUCCGCAAUGCCCACCAAGUGUUCGGGAUGUGAGCCAACUGGCCCUGACUUCGAUCAGCGCUUCGAUAGCACGCUAACGCACACGGACGACCAGUCCAUUAAGGUCAUCUACCAUCGGUCCAUUCUUGACAAGUUCAUCAACGGUGAGGAGCUGCUGAACGGCGGCGAUGUUUCAAAGAGCUACAACUGCGCCUUCUGCGGCAGGAAGGACUUCAGCGCCGAGGAGCUGCAGUUGCACCUGUCUGAGAUCCACUUGAACCACGCGGAUGGCGCUGCGUUGGUGGGCAUGCUGGAGAAGAUGAGGAAGGAAGACAUAGAGAACAGAACUGCCACAGAGAUUCGCUGCCAGGAGAAGUCCCGCGGGGGACUGAGCUAUGAGGUCAUCCUGGCCGAGCCGGCACCCAAUGUGGCCGUUCCAAAACGACCGGUCACCCCCGGCAAGAACGUUAGCGUCGAGGAGAUUGAGCAGAAACUUAAGGCGGCCGAGGAACGCCGUAUUUCUCUAGAAGCCAAGAAGAUGGCUGACAUCUCCAACAAGCUGGCUAAGGUCGAGGAGGCGACUCGCAAAAAGGAUGAGAUCACCAAUGAGUUCAUUACUCAGACCAAGGAGCAGCUGGAGUCGAAAAUGGAGCUGCAUGUGGAGAAGCGAGAGGCCAUCAUCAGUGACAUGAAGGAGAAGCUAAAGAUUCAUGCCCAGGAGAUCGAGAAGACGCGUGAGACUCUGGAGCAGCAGAAGGCCAACGAGCAGAAGGCCAUCGAAGAGAAGUUGAAGAUUGCCCAGUCUCUUCGUGAUGAGAAUAUCAAGAAAAUGUUGGAUCGCCUAAAGGAGCAUAACACAAUCAAAAUUGCCGAAAUCAAAUCGCAGAACGAUCAAUUGGAAUGUCAAAAGCUCGAGGAGAAAGCGCGCAUUUAUGAGAACAAAUUGUUCGCCGCCGAGCAGAAUCGCGAAAAGGAAUUGCAAAAAAAAAUUGAAAAAGUUCAAAAACUCGAACGUCGUGCCGAGCUGGUGCGCCAAAACAAGGCACAGGCCCAGGAUUUGGAUGGUCAGCAGAGCCCCAUUGCCUCAUCCGGCUAAGUAGGCCGAUCUUGGAUUGGUGAGCUGUGCUCACCCACUGCAAACAAAAGGCGACUACAAAAAGAACAGCAACACUGCAUAAUACACCAACACAUAUUUAAGCAAGAAAACCCUUAAAACUGAAACCGAUUUCUCAAAAUUUCCAAGUAUUAUGAAAGCAAACGAAGGGCAAGUAGGAGGGCAAAGUCUCAAGAUACCGCUGAGCGAGUUGAGCCGUUUAAGAACAAAACAUUUUCUCACAAGCUCUAUAAUGAAACACUUACACGAAUAAGCUACGAUAAAACGAAAAGAAAUGAAUGCUUACGGCAAAUUAAUACAAAAAACAAUUAGUAAAGGAAAUCUACAUUUAAACUUAAAAGCCCAGACAGAAAGGUCUAUGCAAGUUGAAUGCCAGUCAUUUAACAUUUAAAAUUGAAAAUUCUUUUAAAAGUUCACGUUCAUUUCAGUUGAAAGUUUAAAACUUUUUUUACCCUGAGUUUCAAAAAUGUUAUUAGUUUUGGAUUCAAUAUUUUCAAAGUCUUACAUGUUCAAGUUUUUUUUUAUUAAAUUGCUGUGGCAUCGACUGAGGUAUUCUCAAAAUAAUAGCACGCUGUAUUUGCAUCUAUGAAAGGCUUUCGCGAGUAAAAAUUUAAAAAAUGUUUUUAAUUAAGUUAAUGUAUACUUUAGUGUUAAUUUUUAUUUACUAACUAGCAACAACAAGAUACAUAUACUUGCUGAAUAUAGUUAUACAC